AUGCAUUUUUUAUAUUUACUUGCGUUCGUAAUCACCGGCAUUGCAAGUGAAUGCAGCCGUAGUCAAACACAAACCAACGAAGGAACACGUCAGUGCUGUUACUACGAUACAAAAGGUAUUCCAACAAUCGGCGUCGGCUUCAAUUUACAACGUUCCGAUGCGGCAACCGUUCUAGCGAAAUAUCGCUUAAAACUAGCCGACGUGAUCAACGAUUGUAAGAAAUCAACGAAGAAAGCAUGUCUGACUGAAUCACAAGCAACGGACAUUUUCAACAAUUAUAUUUAUCCAGAAGCAAGCAAUUGUGCGUCCGAAUAUGUUUCAGGAAUGCCAACAAGUGUUCAUGCAGCACUGACUGACGUCGCGUUUGCUGGGUGUGGUACACUUAAGCAAUUUGUUAAAAUGAAAGCAGCGUUAGGCAAAAAACAAUGGAAAACAGCGAGUGAAGAAUUAAAAGGUUCGAAAUGGUGUGCGGAUGUCAAGUCAACACGGUGCGGACUCGAUGCAGCUUGUAUUGCAUCCGGAAAAUAA